AAAAAAACAAAAAACCUAAGAAACUAAAAAAAGAACCAAAGGAAAAACCCAAUGAUGAAUCUGCACACACUUCUCGUACAGGUUCACGCUCUCCACCUAUGCGCCACAAAAACAAAACCCACAUAGAGCUUCGGGCUGGGCCUCGCCAGAAAAUCGGACCGCAAAUUCCCAAUCUGGGCCGUUUGAUUCCAAUCGAACAUUCGAAAAAUUCGAGCUCGCGCAGAAAUUAAUGGCGGACGGGAAUUACUCCGAAGAGGUGAAUGUGGCCGUGAGGGUGGUCCACAUGGCCUGCUCGCUCUGUGAGAAGGUGCAGAGACAACUGAUUUCGACGGAUUCUGAUCAGGUUAAGUCCAAAGACGAUGAUUCACUAGUUACUGUUGCAGACUGGAGUGUCCAGGCCACCGUGAGCUGGUUGCUCUCGAGAGCCUUCGGCAGCCAAAACAUCUCAAUAAUUGCCGAAGAAGACAUCCAAACCCUAUCCAAAUCCGAGUCCUCAUCUCUACUAUCCAACGUCGUCAAUGCAGUGAACGAUUGCCUAGAUCAGGCCCCGCGGUUCGGUCUCCAAGGGCCCAAAAGCCCGCUUGGCCCAUCUGAUAUCCUUGACACCAUCAGCCGAUGCAGCUCACGCGGGGGCCCAUUGGGCCGCCAUUGGGUCCUCGACCCAGUUGAUGGCACCCUUGGGUUUGUCCGGGGAGAUCAGUACGCCAUUGCCCUUGCCAUGAUCGAUGAUGGGCGGGUUGUGGUCGGAGUCCUUGGGUGCCCGAAUUAUUCGGUGAGCAAAGAUGGUCUGAAUGAGUAUAAUAAUAGGUCGGGGGUUUUGUCUGGUGAGGCGGGGUGCGUGAUGUACACGUGGGGAGGCAGCGGGAAGGCCUGGAUGCAGCCUCUGGUGAAAUCUGACGAGAUGUUCGAUUGGCCGAAUAGUGCGAGGGUUGUGAAGGUUUCGGAAGUUGAUGACCCGGCCAUGGCGACAUUUUGUGAGCCGGUUGAGAAAACGAACACGAAUCACUCGCUUACAGCUGGCGUUGCUAACACGAUUGGGUUGAGGAACAAGCCCUUGCGAGUGUACAGCAUGGUCAAAUACGCGGCCAUAGCUCGAGGGGAGGCCGAAAUAUACAUGAGAUUUGCAAGGGCCGGUUACAAGGAGAAGAUAUGGGACCAUGCGGCUGGUGUUCUUCUCGUCCAGGAGGCUGGUGGAGUGGUCACAGAUGCCGGAGGCUGCCCCCUCGAUUUCUCCAGAGGACUAUAUCUUGAAGGACUUGACAGGGGCAUAAUUGCCUGUUCUGGGGUUAAGUUGCAUGAAAAAAUAAUCGGGGCCGUUUAUGCCAGCUGGGAGUGUUCUAACCUGUAAUCACUUUUCUUCCUCAGAAAAAAAAAAUAAUAAAAAAAAAGAAUGGGAGCUAAUAUUACGGUUUGCCAUCUGGGCUCUCUCUGCAGCAAAGCAAAGGUAAAAACUCAUCAUAUUACACAUGUGCUUUCAGAGAUUGGGUAAAGACUCAGUGUGGAAAGUGCCCACACCUUCAACUCUCCCACAAUGCAUGCAUGGAUACAUUGCCCUUGACAUUGUUUACUCUCACUUUUUCUUCUAUUUAUUUUCACUAUUAUUGCUUAUGUUAAUCGUAUUAUACGACAAUCUCAGGGAAAGGACAACAUCGAUGUAGAUGGAGUUGUUUUUCGGCCUUUUUUUCCGGUUCUUAGGGAAGCACUCCUUAGCUUCCAAAUCAAGAGAUGAGAGAUUGCGAAUUUUCCUCUCUGACGUAA